AUGUGGAAUACUUAUAUGAUAUAUACAGACGAAUAUCCUACUCAUGUGCCAGAUGAAUAUCGAUAUUCACAACAAUUCUAUUCAUUUCCGUUUAGUCCAUUAUCGUCUCAAGUUGACCUACGGCCAUACAUGGCACCGGUGAAAUAUCAACAAGAUAUGAACACUUGUUCUGCCAAUGCAUUUGCAAGUAUCUACGAAUAUCUUAUUCAACGUACGACGGGUUAUCAUGUUGACGUAUCUCGUUUAUUUAUAAACUACAAUGGUCAAAUAAGGACACAAUUUGCACCGUUAAUUACAGAUUACGGUGUCACUCAAAAAGACAUUGCCUUAGCUAUAAGAGACUACGGUGUUUGUAAAGAACACCGUUGGCCAUACGAUAUGCAAUUUCUAAAUCUUCAGCCCACUUAUGAUGCUUAUGAGGAAGCCAUGAAUUACACAGUUACUUUGCUUCGUGUUCCUAUUGAUAUUCUUUCUAUUGAAACAUGUUUGCAUAACGGUAUAUUAGUACCUAUUGAUAUUGUGCUUGAUGGAGACACUGCGAUGAACAUUCAAAUGAAUAAUGGUUUUUUAGUAGAGCAUCUCCUCGAUGAUCGACUGAUCGAUAGAGAUGCUUUUCAUACGGUUGUUCUUGUCGGUUACGAUCGACGAUCGCGACAUUUCAUCGCAAGAAACUCAUGGGGACCACAUUGGGCUGAUAAUGGUUAUUUUUAUAUGCCAUAUGAUUUCAUAUAUAAUCGUCUUCGCGUUAAUUACAGAAACGAUCUAUGGACUAUUUUACAAAUACAACCACGAUCAAAAACUUUGCCUAGUGUUCUUCGAUUAGUUGCAUAUCCUUCUUAA